UAAUGGAAUACUUAAAUUUCAACCGUCAUAAUAUUGAGUGAAUUAACUUUAAGGUUUCUUAAUUCAAAGGAUUCUUGUGCAACUCGAAUAUCGAGGGAUAUUCCAUGUAUUCCAAUGUACCGGUGAAAUCAAUCGAUACACCCCUUACAGUAAAAAGAAACAGGAAGAAAAAAGAAAAAUAAAUCGAUACAUAUCCAUUGCAUCAUCGCCUGAUCAUCGCCAGACUCCGAAUAUGCACCAUGGUCCACAGAAACAAGGCCCGAAUAUGUCAAGAACAGGCGAUGCGAAUACACACCUUACGAUUUUGAGUAUCCGUAACUUUCUCGACCUUCGUAUCCGCCGUGCGACAGCGGCGACGUACUUCCUCAUAUAGAAACAAUCACAGCUACAACAUCCAAAUCAACCAUCUGAAAUAGGUGAAAGAGGGGAAAAAACGCCACGAUGACCAAUCUGGACAUCCGGACUAAAAAUCUCAAAAAGCCCGUUGACGUGGCUGAAUACCUCUUCACGAGACUUUACCAAAUUGGUAUCAGAUCUGUUCACGGACUUCCCGGUGAUUUCAAUCUGGUCGCUCUCGAUUACUUACCAAAAGCCGGUCUAAAAUGGGUUGGCAACUGCAAUGAGCUGAAUGCCGCCUAUGCCGCCGACGGGUACGCCCGCGUGAAGGGCAUUGGUGCUAUCAUCACCACUUUUGGUGUGGGUGAACUAUCCGCCGUUAACGGAAUCGCCGGAGCCUACAGCGAACAUGUACCAGUCGUCCACAUUGUCGGCUGCCCAAGCACCAUUUCUCAAAAAAGUGGCUUGCUACUACACCACACACUUGGAAAUGGCGAUUUCAACGUUUUUGCUAAUAUGAGCGCUUCUAUCUCAUGCGCUGUUGCCAAACUCAAUGAUCCGGUUGAGAUUGCUGCUCAAAUCGAUCAUGCUUUGCGUGAGUGUUACUUACGCUCCCGCCCGGUAUACAUCAUGUUCCCCACGGACAUGGUUGAGAAGAAGAUCGAGGGCGAACGCUUGGAAACCGAGAUUGAUCUAAGCGAACCCCGGAAUGACGCCGAUCGAGAGGACUAUGUCGUCGAUGUCGUUCUCAAGUACCUACAUGCUGCUCAGAAACCCGUCGUAUUAGUCGACGCUUGCGCUAUCCGUCAUCGCGUGCUAGACGAAGUCCACGACCUAAUCGACAAGACCCAACUCCCCGUCUUCGUCACUCCCAUGGGUAAAGGCGCUAUCAACGAGACUCACCCUAGCUACGGCGGUGUCUACGCCGGCACCGCUUCCAACGCUGGGGUUAAAGACAUGGUCGAAAACUCAGACCUAGUAAUCUCCAUCGGCGCGCUAAAAAGCGACUUCAACACCGCGGGCUUCUCCUACCGUCUCUCGCAACUAACCUCGAUCGACCUGCACAGCGACCACUGCACGGUGCGCUACUCCGAGUACCCGGGUGUCAGCAUGAAAGGCGUCCUCCGCAAAGUCGUCGAAAAACUAGACGUCGCCCAAAUCAAAGCCCUCCCAGCCCCCACCUUCCAAGAACCAGCCACGAAAUCCGAUCCUAAUUCCGUGAUUAAGCAAGAGUGGCUAUGGGCGCGUGUAGACCAGUUCCUGCGCGAAGGCGAUAUCGUAGUGACCGAAACCGGAACAGCGAAUUUCGGCGUCUGGGAAACGCGCUUCCCGGCGAAUGUCACGGCGCUGAAUCAGACGCUGUGGGGAAGCAUUGGAUGGGCUGUUGGCGCGUGUCAGGGUGCUGCACUAGCUGCUCAGGAUACCGAUGGUCUUGAGAAGGCGAGAAGGACUAUACUUUUUGAGGGAGAUGGCAGUUUACAACUUACGGUGCAGGAGGUUAGUACCAUGAUCCGACAUAAACUCAAUGUUAUCCUGUUCGUUAUAUGUAAUGACGGAUACACGAUUGAGCGGUAUAUACACGGUAUGGAAGCGGCGUAUAAUGAUAUUGCGACGUGGCGGUAUAAAGAUCUACCUGCUGUGUUUGGAGGGGAGGGGGAGGGGGUUAAGUCGUAUGUUGUUAAGACUAGGGGGGGGUUGGAGGGAUUGCUUACGGAUAGGGAUUUUAAUGAGAGGAAGGGGUUGAGGUUUGUCGAGUUGUAUAUGCCGAAGGAGGAUGCGCCGAAGAGUCUGAUGUUGACGGCGGAGGCUAGUGCGAAGAGGAAUGCUAUGACGGAGUAGAUGAAUAAUGGCUCGGAGCGAGAUAGGUGGAAGUGAGAUGAGAUGCGGCGAUGGAAAGGGGGUGAGCUUAUUGGUUUCUAUUUGUUUUUAUGGGACGGUUAUGAAUUUAAGGGGGGCGAGCACGUGUAUGAGAUAUGACUUCAACUAUAAUAAGUACGGUACGGGCGGAAUUGGGUAAAUAAUUAUAGAAUUUUAACGAAAAGAAUAGGACUAUAGUCGAUUGGAGUAGUGCUAAUGAAAAAUGGCUUCGAUGUUCUUGAGCGUAUAUAAUUCCGGGACGGAUGAUGGCUAUGU